CACGGAAGAGGAAGCUUUCUUGAAAUGGGGCAGCUGAGUGAUUGGCUUUGUCUCCUUCCCUCCGGUUUCUUCCAGCGUCCGCCUGUCCUUACAUCUCGGAACCGUUUAGCGAUAGUUUUAUUUUGAAAUGCGUGGAAGGCGUUUGGUGAUGGUGUUUUCGGGAACCUAAAUACCCAGCAAUUUCGGCCUAGCUCUCUUAAAAUGUGUGUGUGUGUGUGUGACAUGCACACACAGAGCGAUUUGGCAGAUAAGAGGUGUGUGCGCGCAUCUAUAGGAAUAUAUAGAUAUGAUUUCAAAAAGAGUCAAGAGACGUGUGUGUGGUGGCGGGGCGGGGGAGACGCUUUUGGGGCAGAUCUCUCCCAUUUCUUUGCACGCCGAUGCUGCCUGGCGGAAGCUUUCGAGCUUCUCGGAACUGAAAGAUCCUUCCGAUUGUGGCCGCCGAAGAGGCCUCUUCGAUGGGCUGUAGAAGCACCAAGCUCCACCGAGGCUCGAUCUCUCCCUUCUUCCUGCAAGGCCCGAGAGCAAUGCGCCGAAGCGUUUGAAAACUCGCAGGAUCUUCUAGUUUUUUAUGUAUCCAACUGUCCGAGAGAAUAGAUUUCCAGCGCAAGCAAAACCCCGGAGACUCUAUAGAACUGGCAAGAGAGUAUAAAACCGAAUUGUUCCACUUUCCCCCAUCUCUCUCAUUGCCCCCAUUUCAAAAAGGGAGGAGGGGGCGUUUCUCAUUGGAACCGAACCGUGCAAAUUUGCAACAUCCUUUUGUUCCUUUGCAACGUCUGAAUUCUCCUAGAAACCUACUCGCAAGAGGUUUGUUCUUCUAACGAAUCGCCUUAUUCAUUUUGGCUAUGCGGAAGACAAACCCUUCUGGACCGAAGCCUCCUGUAAGGUCUUUUUGAAACAAAAAUGAAUGCAGAUAAACAAGCCCCUGUGCAUCUGGCAAGAGGAAGCCUGAUUUCGUCCUUACCCUUCGGCUCUUGAAGCAAACCUUCAUUGCGAGAAUGAGGCUAGAUCCCAGGUGCCAAGAGAAGCGGCGGAACCUUGAAGGAGUAUUAUUAGCCUCGUGGUGAGAAGAGCCUUUCGUCCCCCACGCCUGGUGCUCGCCGCUUUCCCUCUCCGGAGGGGGAUCUGUCUGCAAUCCCAUCCUGCUCCUGGCCCCCUUCCCUGACGGGGCUUUGGUUGCGGGAGUGCAGCCCCGGUAUGGAUGGCCGGGAGUUCGCGCCUCCGCCUCAUCUCUUGGCCGAGAGGGGCCACCGCAACAGCUCCAGCCGCCUCGCUUCUGCCGGGCACAACUCGGUGCAGCACGCAGGACACUUCCAGCCUGGGAAAUACUUCCCCUCGCCCAUCUCCAUGGCUACGCACACAGCAGGAAGUGGGUUGAUGGGAAACUCACCUGCCUCAUCUUUUAUGGGCAGCUUCCUCAGUGGCAGCUUGGGCACAGCAGCACCCCCACAUCCCACAGGCCCUGCAUCUUCCCCCUCAGAACCUGCCUUCCGUGGUCCCCACUCCGGCACUUCCCAGAUUUGGUUCUCGCACUCACAUGAAGCUCCAGGUUACCCGAGGUUCUCUGGGAGCUUAGCAUCCACUUUUCUUCCCAUGAGCCACUUGGAUCACCAUGGAAACAGCAAUGUUCUGUAUGGCCAGCACCGCUUCUAUGAAAGCCAGAAAGACAAUUUCUAUCUGCGGAACCUACCGGCUCAGCCCACUCUACUGUCAGCCAAUCACAACUUCCCUAGCAUUGCCCGGGCAGCACCUGGUCACCCUAUUGGCUCCUGCAGCCGGGACCGGGAGGCUGGCCAUGGGCAAAAGUGCCACAAGGACUAUGAACGCUUUGUGUUGUCAAAGGACAAAGGGGCCAAGGGUGAGGGCAAGGAGCGAGCAGCCGAGGAAGAGGCCAAGGAGCGGCACAAGCUGGUGAUGCCUAUAACGCCUGAGGGGAACUGUAAGGAAGGGGCUCCCCAGCGAGGCUCUUGUGACAACCGGCCCAAACACCUGCCCUCAUGCCUGCUGAGCUCCAAGGUGUUGAAUGGUGACUCAGGCAAAGCUGUACUCCCCAGCUGUGGUGGUGGCAUCCUACCACGCCAUGCUGGCACCCAGAGCCGUUGUGUCAAGGACCUUGGCCAUCAUGAGCCUCCCCAGUCCUACAGCGAAUGCCUGGAGCGACGGCAGAUGCUACACCACUCUGUUUCCUACACUGUUCCAUCUAGUCUGCCCACUGGGGCCUCAGCCUUGAGCACGACAACUGGCAGCUUUCCUUGCCUGCAGCUUCAUUCCAGCCCUGAAGGGAUGUGUCCUCUGCAGGAUAAGGCCAGCCGAGAGUUAAGAAUCAGUGGGGCCACCUUUGUGCCUUCGGUAGGCCAUUUGACUGACAAGAGCCGCUCCUUCCAGGUGCCUUCUGAGCCCUGCGAGGGCAAGGAGCGCCCCCACGAUGUGGUUCCAGAGCACCCACCCACCUAUGGAAACCACCCUUUUUCUCACCUCAAGGCGGAGGGCAAAGCCGAGCGGCGGCUGGAUUGGCCACAGAAUUCCAACACCCGACUCAAAGGCCUGGAGUACCUGAACAGCACUGGCUCUGAUAGUCAUUUUGGAAGCUUUACCCACCAGCCUAAGAGUGGGCACUUUGAGAUAGUGCCUGCUCAGGACUGCGCCCGUCCCAGCCCUCAGGAGACACUGUGUAAACUCAGCCAGUCCUGCUGCACUUUAGACAAGGCCCCAAAGGAGCCGCCAACACCCAGCACCCAGAAAGUGGCUCGCAUCCGCCACCAGCAGCACUUGCAGACAGAGAUGGAGCAGGCGGGUGCCCACGCAGAAUCCAAGCGCAAGUCAAUGGAGCUCAGCUCUCUGGGCUACAAUGGGUCACACUUGCCACCAUGGCCAGUGCAGGGCCAGGGCCCACCUUUGCCCAUAGCAGAGGAAAGAAAAGGCUCCUAUCUGGACCCUUUUAGCAGCAGCCUCCAGCAGGCCGCACUCAUGACUCAGGGCUCAGUGCUCACCCAGGAAAUGCAGACCCCGCCAGACGAGGUGUCCGCCAUGAAAAACCUGCUGAAAUACAGCAACCAAGCACUUAUUGUGGGCCAGAAAGCUCCUUUUGUGGGUCUAGGCAGCCUCAAGGGCAGCUGUGCCCAUCAGGAUGGGGGAAAGUUCUUGGGGGCCAAGGGGCAACAGGAGCUGGAACGUCCAGACUGUGCCCGCAGCAGGGACCAUGAGCUGGGCCAUGGUGAUGGCGAGGUGCGUCAGCCUCCUGUGGGCAUUGCUGUGGCUGUGGCUCGUCAGAAGGAUACGCUGAGCCGGCCUGAACCAGCCUAUGGGUCCAGUUCCAGUCGACAGGGCAGGGCUGCCAUGGGCCUCAAAGCUGGUGCAGCACGGCCAGUGCAUGUCAUUGACCUGGAUGCUGAAGAGGAACGGAGCCGGCUAUGUGAGGAGCGUCUGGGGCUUGCAGGGAGAGACCUCCUGCUCCAGGAUAACAAGGACCUAGUGGAGUUUGCUCGCAUCCAUCCAUCAAGCAGCUGUCCUGGAGACCUUACCCCCCACCUGAUGAUCGCAAGCAGUUCGUCGUUGCAGGCCAGCCAGUUGGGAGGAGAUCCAGCAGCCCACACCCAUCCAGCUCAUACACACUGGCUGCCCCGGACACGCAGCCCUUCCCUUUGGAUGGGUGGACACUCAUAUGGCAUCGGGCACCCUGCCCUACAUCAAAACCUGCCACCCGGCUUCCCAGCCUCUAUGCCCAGUGCCAUGCAACCAGUCUUCCCCCUGUCGCAGGAGCCACCUGCUCAGCUAGUGAUCUUGCCCUCUGAGCCUCCAGCCCACGGUGCCCCACAUACCCUGGCUGAGGUGAUGGAUCAGGCAUCUAUUUGGCCACCCAUGUAUCCUAGCCGGGGGCCUGGCUCUCACCUGCAGCACACAGGGCAACUCCCUGUCUAUUCCCGCUCCCAGUUCCUGCGUCAGCAAGAACUCUAUGCCCUGCAGCAGCAGCAACAGCAGCAGCAACAACAGCGUGCAGCACAGGUACUGGAAGUGCAGCGGCACACACACAGCCAGCGGAAGCCUGAAGAGCCACCCCCUGAGCUGGAGAUGCCAGGCCCUGAGAAGCCACUCAAACCAUCCCACAAAGCUGUUGCCUUAAAUGCUCCCCCAAAGGGCCUGUCGCCAGCAGCUGCCUGCUCAGCCAAGCUUUCCCCAUGUUGCCACCCACCCAAAUGCCCUGCCCCCUGCACUUUACCUGUGUGUCCUGCUGUGGUGCCACGCUCUCCUGCUGUAAGUCCAGUGCCCUCACAGAGCUCCACAGGUCCUGAGGCUGAGGACAAGCAGCCUGAGGGGAAGCCAGCCCAGGACUAUCCCAAAUCACUGGAACCAGAUCUUCCCCCUGGUUAUUCCUACCCUGUGGCUGGUCUGGGCUAUGCAUCACCUUUACCCCUGGACCCAGCUGAUCCUGACACUAUGCAAACUGUUUCCACGGCAGCUGAGCCUGAACAGUCACGCACCUUCCCACCAGAGCAGGAGCCACAAUGUGAGGCAGAAGCUAGCUCACCCAGUGGGGCAGGAGACACUGAACCCUCUCCCGCUCCCCAUCUCCUUGUGCAUCCCCAGAGGCCGGGCUCCACGGAACUGGCCAAGGAGACCCCAUGUUGCCCCCUGCUGGUCGGGGACAGCCUGGAUGGCUUGGACUCUGCCCCACAGGAACGUCAGGAGGAGCCUAGGCCAGAUGCUGCUGUUCCAGGGCCUUCCCCAGAGGUGAUGGCUGUGGAGAACAGCCCAGCUGCAGCACUGGAAGAUGACUGCCAGGAGGAUGAGAGUGAUGCUGGCUCACCAGAUGUCCUGUUGGCGCAUACCAAUGUGCAGGUGGCACUGUGUGGCCUGGAUGCCCUCAUCGCUGCCAGCAUUGAUUUGGGUGAGCUCCCAACCUUGGAGUCUCCACCUCCUGCAGAUCCCUUUCCCGUGCCCUCUCGAUGCAAUUCAGGGAUUCCUGGCAUUGCCCUGCUCAGUGAGCUGGCAGAACUGGAACUCCGACGGCAGCAGUGCGAUACUGCCACCCAUGUGCCAGAUGAAGACCUGGCAGCAUUCAAUUUGCAAAGCCUGGCCACCCUUGCUGCAGCUUGGGCACUUGUUGAGGCUACUGGCCUGAAGAGUAGCCCACCUGACCUCCUCGACCUGGCAGAUGCUGCACCUUGUGUGGAUUUGCGUCCUCGCAUGCGGGUCUCCCGCCACAAAUACAUCUGGACCCCUAAGACCAAACCUGUUUGCCCUUUGAAAGCAGCCAUUGAGAACCUGGACACUCAGGAGGUAGAGAUGCGUCUGCGACUAGCAGAACUCCAGAGGCGCUACAAGGAGAAACAACGGGAACUGGCCAAGCUGCAGAGGCGGCAUGACCACGAGCGAGAUGAGAGCUCUCGGAGUCCGGCUCGACGGGGACCAGGGCGACCUAGAAAGCGCAAGCACUCCAGUACACUCAGCUCACUACGCCAGGGCUCGAUUGGCAAGAGCGACAGCAGGAAGGUCAAGUCAGUAAAGGCCAGCUUAUCUCUGCUGUGUGCAGAGCUGCGGGCUGAGGGAGAGCCCAAGAAGAAAAAAAGGAAAAUAUCAGAGACUGCUUAUGGUGGCAUCAAAAACUCCCAGGAGAAGGUGCAUUGCAAGAAGAGCAGCUCCCAAAGCAAACUGGCUUCCAGUGUGGUCCACAAGGUCUCUCAUCUCAAGCAGAAGGUCAAGAGCAAAGUCCUGCCCACAAACAUUGGCCCCUUCCGCAGAAAAGAGCCUAGCCCUGGUGCCCGGAUCCAAAAGAAACUCUCUCGACCCAACAGCUCCAAAGCAACACCUUCUGCCAAAUACCCACAGCAGGACCUCACUACCUCGGAGGUCAAGCCAAGCACAGGAAAUGCUGAUGCAGAUGACAAUCGCCACAAAGACUACGAAAGUGAUGAUGAUGGUGGUGGUGAUGACUUGACUAGUGACACCAGCUCCACCCUUCAUGUGACAGUAAACCCUGCUGUGAUCGGCCCCUCUCCUUCCUCGGUGGUGAAAAUGGAAGCCAAUCAGAAGGCAAAGAAGAAAAAGGAGAGGCAGGGGUUGCUAGGGCCCUGCCGAAUCCCCAGUCCUGAGGGCCAAGUCAAAAUCAAGCAGCGCCCAGUGAAGCCUGGUGUAGGGAGGUUGGAAAAGGUGCCUGUAUGCCAGGCAGCAUCUUGCGAGGCUUCCAGCAAGAAAAAGUUAAAGAGCAAGGCUAAGGAGCUGCAGUGUGGACCUGGGACAUCAGCGACCAAUGAGGGCCUAUUCUCUGGCAGCCAAGCCCGAUCAUUCACAACACGGGAUGAUGCAGGAAAGCUCAACAGUGAACGCCUCAAGAAAGCCACACGGAAGAGCAAAGUGCUGCAGUCGGCCCUCAGGAGAAAAAAUGGGGCACUGGCACUCUCUCCCCGCAAUGCCAAGGCCAUCCUCAGCAAGGGAAAGAAGCUUACCAAGGUCAAGAACAAGGUGGUCAGCAAACAGUGCAAAGGCCGAGCAGUCAGCCGGCUGAUGGAGAGCUUUGCAAUUGAGGAUCACUUUGAAUUUGAUGAUAACAGCAGCUUCUCCGAAGAAGAAGAGAUGCCACCCACUGGUACGGAGCAAGACAUAACCCCUGCCCAGUCAUGUGCCAUCCACAAGGAUGAUCUCCAGGAUGGACUACGUGUGCUCAUCCCCAAAGAGGACAGCCUGCUCUACGCUGGCAGUGUGAAGAGUCUGCAGCCACCAGACAUCUACAGCAUCGUCAUUGAGGGAGAGCGAGGGAACCGGCAGAGGAUCUAUUCCCAGGAGCAGCUGCUGCAGGAGGCGGUUCUGGAUGUGCGACCACAGUCAAGUCACAGCCUCCCGCCUGGCACCCGGGUCUGUGCUUAUUGGAGCCAGAAGUCCCGCUGCCUCUACCCGGGGAAUGUCAUUCGAGGUUCUUCAAGUGAUGAAGAGGAUGAUGCAGACUCGGUGCUAGUAGAGUUCGAUGAUGGAGACACAGGCCACAUUGCAGUGUCUAAUAUCCGCAUAUUGCCACCAGAUUUCAAAAUCCAGUGCACAGAGCCUUCUCCUGCACUAUUGGUCUCGACGUCCUGCCGACGUAACAAGAGGUCUUCCAGUGAUGUUCCACAUUCCAGUGAAUCAGCACCAAGCCUGUGUGUUGAGGGGCGUGAGGCCUCCGAGUCAACCAAAAGCACUGGCAAGAAGGCUACCAGCAAAGAAAAAGCUGGUAAAUCUGACUUGCUGCACCCAAGUUCGAAAGCCCUGCCUGGAGAUCACUUCCUGGGCCGUCGUGCCAGUCCCCUGUUGAGUUGGUCAGCAGCAGCUCAGAACAAGCGCAAAGCAUCUAGCAAGAGCACAGCUAUGCGACAGAACCUCUUCCAGCUCAAUGGCAGCAGUAAGAAGCUGCGGGCCAAAGAGGUGCUCUUCCCCGUGCACAGUGUAGCUGCCCCCAUUUUUGGCAAUGGCUUUGGCUCAGACUCGUUCAGUCGUAUUGCCAACUCCUACUCAGCUUUUGGAAGUGCCAGCCUGGUUUUGCCAUGUACCCAGAAGCUUUUGCGUGCCAAGAAGGCUGAGCGGUUAGAUGCUGAGAUGGGCAAGGGAGGGCGUCGGAAAGUGGGUGGCGAGUAUUUGGUCAAGCUGGAUCAUGAGGGUGUUACAUCGCCCAAGAACAAAAACUGCAAGGCCUUGCUGAUGAGUGACAAGGACUUUGGGUCACUGUCUGGCCAUGGCUUUGCUCACCCGGUCUUGGGAAUCAAGGACAAGAAGAGUGCGUUGCCCAUGGGGUUGGCAUUACGCAAGUAUACGGGUCAAACAGAAUAUGGGCUGCACUGCGAUAGUGACUGUCACAGCUCCUACUCAGACAUGGAUGAAGACGAGGUAGAUGAUCUGAGAGGAAGUGUCCCCUCUCGCUUCCUGACGCGCCUUUCUGUCUCUUCAUCCUCCUCUGGAUCGUCCACCUCCUCCAGCUCUGGCUCUGGUUCCACAUCUAGCCUUUGUUCAUCUGACAAUGAGGACUCGUCCUAUAGUUCUGAUGAUGAGGACUCAACAUUGCUUGUGCAGACCUGUCUCACGCACCCUGUUCCAGCCCUGCUGGCUCAGUCCGAAGCCCUGCGUUCAAAGGGCAGCACCCUGCAGAGGUGUUUUGGUGCUGGUGCCAAGGGCAAGCUCAGGCGCAAGGAGGCCCUGAGCUUCUCUAAAGCCAAAGAGUUCUCCCGCCGGCAGCGGCUGCCCUCGGUGGAAAACCGGCCAAAGAUCUCUGCUUUCCUGCCAGCACGCCAGCUCUGGAAAUGGUCUGGGAAUCCCACUCAGCGUCGUGGCAUGAAGGGGAAAGCACGGAAAUUGUUCUACAAGGCCAUUGUACGGGGCAAGGAGACUCUGCGCAUCGGUGACUGUGCUGUCUUCCUGUCAGCCGGGCGACCCCAUCUGCCGUAUAUCGGCCGUAUUGAAAGCAUGUGGGAAUCCUGGGGAAGCAACAUGGUUGUCAAAGUAAAAUGGUUCUACCAUCCUGAAGAGACCAAGCUGGGCAAGCGACAUAGCGAUGGCAAGAAUGCGCUGUACCAGUCGUGCCAUGAGGAUGAGAAUGAUGUCCAAACCAUCUCACACAAAUGUCAGGUGGUUGAACGUGAACACUAUGAGCAGCUGACCCGCAGCAAGAAAUACCAGGACCGGCAAGAUCUCUACUACCUGGCAGGGAGUUAUGACCCCACCACAGGCCGGCUCGUAACUGCAGAUGGCAUGCCUAUCCUGUGCUGAGACUGCGGGACUCAACCACUGCUCCAGGGCCGGGAAAUGGCUGGUAGGGAGGACAGGAAGGCCAAGGGACAGUGGAAGGGGCCAGUCUCCUCACACCAUUUCCUGGCAAUUGGAUGCAAGGCCCUGAAAUAUGCAAGGUGCCCGGCUUUGCCAUGCCCGGGGUUGCAGGCUGAUCCCGGCUCCCCACACGGCUCUGUACAGAUUUGAAUCCAAGCCAUACUUUCCCUAGUACCUCUGACUGUUUGCCAUAGGCCAAACACAAAUCAGGUUACCGCUCUAUUUAUUUCGUGUGUAAAUAAUGUAUUUCUGAUGGGAAGUUUUAUGGAAAAGAAACAAACAAGACAAAAAGGCAGGUUUUAUGGGGUGGGAAGGGAGGGUUAUUUGAUGGGUUUUAUUUUGUGUUCGAUGCACUGUUAUCCCUCCAGCUUAGCUGGGGGUGUGGACGCUAGGCAAGUGUGUAAAUACAGAAGGGGGCACUUGAAAGCUGCGGCAGCACAGACUCCAAAAGGCUGCGCUGUCCUCCUCACAGGACUGUGUAAUAUAGACUCACCUCACCCAUCCUCCCUCCUUCCCCCCUUUUUUAUUGUUAUUGUUAUUAUUAUUAAUUAUUAUUAUUGUUAUUCUAAUGAUAAUUAUUCUGACAAUGUCUGCGGAUGUUAAUAUGCUCCUGUUAAAGAGAAGAUUAUAUAUAUUAUUA